AUGGCUCCCCCAGGCAAAGAUAAGGAUAAGGACAAGGACAAGGAGAAGGAAAAGGAAAAGGAACGCGAUGAUGAUGACGAAUAUGACUCUGAUGAGGGCGAUCAACCCACCACAACGUCUGCUGAGGGUAUUCUCGGUCCACCCGGGCCCCCGAGUCCCACAGAUAUCAAUUCCAUCACCCACGUCUUCACCUAG